AAGGCAAAAGGCUAGCGUCUCGGGUAAGAUGGCUGCCAAAACUUUUGCCUCCCGCUUCCGAGGCUCCCGACGCUUUUUGAGUGGCUUCGUGGCUGGAGCCGUCGCGGGCGCUAUGGGAACCGGGCUAACUGUCGUGCAGUUUCUCCGGAGUCGGGACGCUGAGGCAGCGUUGGCGGUGAGGGAGCCGGACGGUUCUUCAGAAAGGGCUCUCUUAGAACAAUUUGGAUUCCCUUUAACUGGAACAGAGACGAGGUGCUACACUAACCAUGCCUUGUCUUAUGAUCAGUCAAAGCGGGUUCCUAGAUGGGUUCUUGAACAUCUAUCCAAGAGCAAGAUAACGGGUGAUGCAGACAGAAAACAUUGUAAAUUCAAGCCAGAUCCCAACAUCCCUCCAACCUUCAGUGCCUUCAACGAGGACUAUGUUGGCAGUGGGUGGUCACGAGGCCACAUGGCUCCAGCAGGAGAUAACAAAUUCUCAUCUAAAGCCAUGGCUGAAACCUUUUACCUUUCUAAUAUCGUGCCUCAGAAUUUUGAUAAUAAUGCUGGUUAUUGGAACAGAAUAGAAAUGUACUGUCGAGAACUGACAGAGAGGUUUGAGGACGUCUGGAUAGUAUCUGGACCGCUGACCUUACCUCAGACUGGAAGCAGUGGAAGGAAAACGGUUAGUUACCAGGUGAUCGGCGAGGACAAUGUGGCGGUGCCCUCCCACCUCUACAAGGUGAUCCUGGCGCGCAGAAGCCCGAGGUCUGCUGAGCCCCUGGCACUAGGGGCCUUCGUGGUGCCCAACAAGGCCAUUGGCUUCCAGCCCCAAUUAAGUGAGUUCCAGGUGAGCCUGCAGGAGCUGGAGAAGUUGUCAGGACUGGUGUUUUUCCCUCAUCUGGAUAGGACUAGUGACAUCAAGAACAUCUGCUCGGUGGACACCUGUAAGCUCCUGGAUUUCAGGGAGUUCACUCUGUACCUGAGCACAAGAAAGAUUGAAGGAGCCCGAUCGGUACACAGACUGGAAAAGGUCAUGGAAAAUUUGCAGAACGCAGGCAUUGAACCUGAUGAGGAGUUCAUGACUCGCUACGAGAAGAAACUGGAAGAACUUAAAGCUCAGGAGCAGUCAGGAGUCCUGGAGGGAAAGUCCUCGUAGUUCACGUCUCAGAAGCGUGAUGUCAUCUGUAAUGAAGCAGGUGCGGCCUCUUCAGAUACUGUAUUUUAGUGGCUUUGUUUUAAAAUGAUGGAAUCCUAAAUUUUAGACUAAAUUUCUCAUCAAAAGAUGUCAGAUGUUUUGGUUGGUAUUUUAUUUGACGUGGGAAACUAAGGAAACUGUUAAUGCCUGCAGAUCACAGGCUGGUCUUGUGUCAAGUUAACAGGAGGGCUGUGUCUGCGGGAUGACGCUGUGUGCGUGUCCCUCUGGAUGUAUUGUAUGUGAAGGCGUUCUAUUUUCUGCCUCCAAAUCGUACAGUGUCUUUGAUUUAUCUGCUCAGCCUUCUUGGAACCCAAGAUUGUACGUUUUCUUUCCCUUGGACUUGAGUUGGUCUUAGAGAUGGCUUUUAGAUAACCUCUAUGAAUUAUCCUGACCACAUGUAUUAUAUAUUUGUUUCUUGUUCCUCCUCUCAUGGACCUGCUGUUCCUCCUCUUCUGUUAUGCAAAAGCACUCAACAACUACAUUUUCUGCUCACUUAGUGUGUUCUGUAUACUAAGCUAAGUGCUUCACAUGUACUAUCCUACAACUACCCUCUGAGGGAAAUACCACUAUCCUCAUUUUACCCAUGAGGAAAUUGAGGCUUAGAGAGCUGAAGUAUUUUGCCCAAGGCUCAUCUUCCCAAAGAAGUAAUCCACAAGGAAUGAGGCAUAUAACAUGGGGUACAUUAAAAUCUUCCCUGACACAGAGGCUCAAAGACAUACUUCUGUGGGUGUCUGUGAUCCUGGGGCCUGCUUGGUAAGAGGGCUCUGGUUUCCUGUCUGCAGUCGAGCCAUAGGGACUUUAAUGUUCUCUGACUUGAACUCUCCUAAGUUCUUUGGGAAGAAACAAUCACAGGUAUUUGAACGUUAGAGGACAGUGCUUUAUGGGGCUUACCUGAGUCCCUACUUGCCUUCAGAAAUGCAAUUCUUCUAGUGACUGGCUGGUGCCGAAUUGACGUGUUUCUUGCUUUGCAGAUGGGCUUUUUGUGAAUCUCUGCCCGCAGAUUCACCAGCUCAUGGCUUGCUCGCCUUUGUGCCUGCCUACCUGGUUGGCCCAAAGACCCAAAGACAGUUACCCCUGGGGGAAACAGUGGCUGUUUUUCUGAGCCAGAUCUCUAGAUUUGGGUUUACGUGGAAUCCUUUCAUGGGCUGUCAUAAGUGCAGGCAGUAAAAUAUCUUCAAAUAGAGCACAGGAACUUGUCUGACUGUGUCCUAUCAGUACUGUCUUUCCAAGUGGUGUUACCAGAACAGUUUUUGUGGUGUUUUUGUGUUUGUCUCUAACAGACAUGCCAAGGUGUUAAGAUAAAGGUAAGAUGAGAAUGGUU